AUGGAUGAGCAAGAUUCAGGAAUGGAAAUGAUGUUGACUGCAAUGGUGGCGCCGCUCGAUGAUGAUCUUCCAUGGCAAUUCGAUGACCAAAUUCUAAAGGAGACCGACACCCUCGAUUCUGCAGCACAAAGUCCAUCCUCAAGUCUGUUCUCGGACUUCGACGACUCUUGCACAUCUUCAUUUUCUUCGUCACUCUCCUCUCCAUCGUUCUCAUCGUCUUCGGAUACAGGAACGAGUUCGCUGUCUUCGUUUGACAUGAUGAUGAGCAUGUUUCCUGAUCCAGCGAUUCCAACCGUCAGCGAAGAAACAACAAUGGCACUACCUCCACCAGUGCCCGUUCGGAAAAACGUUGUCGUACGAAGACGUCCUCGGGAAUGCUCUAUGGUUUGCUGGCUCUUCAGAACGUUACUGACAUCCGAGUAUCGAGCACUACCGGUUAACGCGAUUUUCGAAAUAUUCGAAGAAACCAUGCAACAAACGACAGCUGGAAGUGGAAGACAUUUUCGACAAUCCAUUCGACACUGUCUAAUGACAUCUGCCGUCUUCGUACGUGUGUUGACCCCAAACCCUCGAAAAGAUUUUCUGGUGAUGAAUGAACAAGGUUCAUGGUGGACGGUGCAUCCAGAUUGUGAAACUGCCUGUGCAGAGCACGUCUUCAAAAGCGGAGCUGUUCAUCGUUGUCCUCCACAAGCUUCGAUUCCGGCGUACUUUGCUAGAGUUCGAAUGGAAGAAGCCAAAUCUGCGAACGUCGUUAAUACAAGCGGCGGUCCUAUCCGAGCCCAUUUCGGAUAUUCGUCAUCACCGUCGUCUGAAUGCUCGUCAACAUCUUCAUCAUCUGCUUCUUCACCAGCUCCAUCUGUAAGCGUACGGCGGUUUGAUCCCAUUCGGAAAAACACAUUCGGAACAAUAAACUCGGGACCUAGAGUUGCUUAUAAGCCGUUUCCUACAAAAGGAUUCGCUCCAAAAAUUGACACAGGACGGAUGGCAACUGUUCAAACCCCACCGACACUUGUGAAUCCGCGUUCUAUACUUCUUAACGACAUUACCGUGGAUCAUGAAGAAGUCGUUUAA